AACAGACCUUAAAGCUACACUUUACCACAUCUUCACGUGUGAUUUGUUUAUAAAAGGAAUUGUUGACAAAAUUGUAUAAUGACAAAAAAGCAAGUGUGUGAAGUUUGCACAGAAAAUGAAUCCAAGUAUAAAUGUCCAGCUUGCCUUCUAAAAUAUUGCUCAUUGCUAUGUUACAAAAAACACAAAGAAGCUUGCAAAGACACCAGAGACAAGACAGAACAAUCAAAGAAGAGUGACGAAGACACCAAUGUUAUUUGUUCAGUUGAAAAAACAGAAGAUAGAGUUUCAGUUGAAAAGUUGGAAGAAUUAGCAGAGGACCAAUCAGAAGAUAGAGUUUCAGUAGAAAAGUUGGAAGAAUUAGAGCACUCUGUGCCCUUGAGACAGAUGUUAGAAAACCCACAUUUACGAACAAUCUUACAAGAUUUAGCUAAAUCAACGAACCCUGCCAAACAAAUGGAGAAAUUCAUGCAUGAACCAUUAUUCCUGGAAUUUGCUGACGAAUGUUUACAAACUGUUGAACCUAGUGCACCACAUGUAGAGAUGGAUUCAGAUUAAAUUGUCAAAUUCAAA